GGCUGGUUACCUGAGGGGCUCACUUGGUGCUCAAUAUCCUGCAGACUGAAAUACUUUUUCCGACCACAAUGAUGAAGGGUAACAUGCUGAUAUUUGCGUCACUGUGUUGGCUGCUUUGCUGGAACCAUGUAGACUCCAUGACGAUCCAUUUCAAGUCUUUAUCGAUGGAGGUCAACCAGCGCCGUGACAACAUCAUUCUAAAGGAGGUUGACCAAAGCAGUAACAUCCCAUUGAACCUGGUUGAAGAGUCGGUUGAUGACAUGUACUUUGGCUGCAAUGAACAAAUGAUGACAAUGGUCAAGAAAAAAUAUGAUGAUGAAAAGAACGUCAACAAAAUAUUUGAAAAUGCCUGGAAUAAGGCAGAAAAGUGUGCAGAAGAGAGAAUGGCCCAUCUGGAGGAUAAGGGUCUAACCAAACAUCACCUGCGUGCCAUCUGUGUUUACACAUAUGAUUCGAUUUACUCAGUGUUCAAUAAGGCUGUCCUCACCGAAAGGAACAACUAUGGAUCCUCUUUCCAGUUCCAUUAUUUACAUUUCAUGCUGACAUCUGCUGUACAGAUUCUGAAUAACAACAACCAGUGCCACACUACUUAUAGACGAAACUCAGUAAUAUUUACUGGUCAAGUCAACCAAAGAAUUAGAUUUGGGUCCUUUGCCUCUAGCUCCUACCAUAAAACCCUGGAAUGGUUUGGCACUGAAACCUGCUUCAAAAUCAAGACCUGUUCAGGUGCUUUUUUGAAAGAUUAUACAUAUUAUAAGUCUGAAGAUGAAUUAGAGGUGCUCAUCCCUCCUUAUGAGGUGUUCAACAUAACUGAGAUAGUUAAAGGUAAUGAUAAAAUACGAAAUAUGGGUCUAACGUCAUGCAAGGUUGUGUACGUCUUGGAGAGCGCAGGGUUUGAGAGCAAUCUGAACUGCAAACUGGUGAGUGAAUAAAAGUCCAGUAGUCGCUGGGUUCUCAAAUUUUUGAUUGAGAAAUGAAACUGUUUUUCAUGCUCUCAAUAUAUUCAGAUAUUACACUGUGCAGCUUUGCCCUAAUAUUGCCCCUUUGUAUUUUAGACAGUCAUUGAUACCUUUAAAACCGCUCUGUGAAAGUACUUCUUAUUUUCUCACCUGGACGGAUGAAAAGAAUAUCAACAUGUUCCAGAUCAUCUUUUGUGACCGUAAAGGAGGAAGUAGAAAGAAAAAGGGAAAUGAAUGUUUGAAUGUUUAAACCAUUGCUUAGCUUCAUGAUUUCUUUCUUAACUUUGAAAAGCUUUGUUUUUCUGCUUUCUGAAAGCACACAUCAAUAAAAGUUUCUUAACAUCCUUGAAUUAUCCUUGGACUUGGACCUCUUAAGACCUGUUUGACCUCAAAAACAAAUAUAGAGUUAAUCGUGAGAAACUAAAACACAUGCUGGGAACUGGGUGUCUCAUCAGAACCAUUGCACUACAAACAAGAGGUGCACGUAGUCAGCAUCCUUCAGAUUGAUGAGUGAAACCUUUGAGAACAGAGAAAGAGUUCAAUCAUUUCAGGUAUUUUAACAUAUCUGUAUUACUGAUAUGAUGCAGUUGAUUGUUGUUGACUUGUUUUGUGUCUGUCAGUAAUUUUACAGACUUUUUCUGACCACAAUGAGCUGCUUUGCUG